AUGCCUGCGCGACAUUGCAUUGCUGUCGGUUGUACUACUGAUAGUAGAACGUCAAGCAACGAUGUCAGUUUUUACCAGCUACUCAAGGUGGAGAGUGAAUUGAAGAAGUGGCUGCGUUUGGUUAAAUGCGGAGAACUUGAAGUAGAAAACAAAGAACUGAGAAAAGAGAAUGAAAUCCUAAAAUCCCGUGAAGUUGAUUUCCGGAAGGAACUUCUCAACAAUUAUUUUAUGACAAGGUUUCAUUUUGGAAAGGGGCUGGGAGGUCAGGAUCCAAGAAAUGGCAAGAAAAACAGCAAAAUAAACCAGUCCUUUUCCACAACAUUUACAUUCUGUAACACCAUCUGGGGAAGCGGCAAGAGGUUUAUGCUCCAAGUUCAGUUGAACUGCUGUCCACGGGAAGUAGAACUGGUUUCUCUGGAUCAAAAUCCAGCCUGUCUUCAGAUUCAUGAUGUUCAUGGCUGCUUCCUGGAAAACUCAACUUGUACAACAACAAUUCCAAAUGAUCCAAAAUCUUGUGAGAACGAACAACCACCGGUUGAUGGACAAUGGUCAGAAUUCAUUUCACAUGGAUGUACAGAGUGUUCUGUAACCUGUGGAAAUGGUUCCCAAAAAUUCAUCGAAACCAGAGAAUGUAACAACCCUAUCCCCGAAAAUGGAGGGAACACCUACAACGGAUCUGCUAUCAAAGUAACUCAACGGGCUUGCAAUGUUCAGAAGUGCCAAGUUGAUGGACAGUGGUCAGAAUUCAUUUCACUUGGAUUUACAGAGUGUUCUGUAACCUGUGGAAAUGGUUCCCAAAAAUUCAUCGAAACCAGAGAAUGUAACAACCCUAUCCCCGAAAAUGGAGGGAACACCUGCAACGGAUCUGCUAUUAAAGUAACUCAACGGGCUUGCAAUGUUCAAAAGUGCCACGCCUAUGAAGAAAUGCCGAAGUAUUCCGAGUGGAGCGAUUGUUCAGCAACCUGUGGUAUUGGUGCUCAAAUCCGUGUUAGAUUACAUGCAUGUUCUGAUGAAUAUUUCCAAAGUGAUAUUGAAAGCAAUACCAGCGGAACCGAAUUAGAAACGAGAUCAUGCAAGAUACGAAAUUGUCAAUAUUUCAAGAACUAUCCCUUUAUCUCCAUUGAAUUCCUCUCCAGUAUCUGUGUGGCUACUAUCCUGUCUUUUCUGUUUGGGAUAUGGGUCCGUUCAAUAACGUGCAAGCGUCCAGUUAAAGAAGAAAGAGAUUAUGCCAACACCGGUCAUAACCAAAUUCAACGAACUGCCAACGAAAGGUACAGCAAUUAUCAUUUGAGAUAUGAUGUUGUGGAGUCCUGCGAAGAUGUACCAGAAUACUCUUCCUGUGAUGAUGCUAUUAUCACACACGGAUCGUGGCAGCAAACAGAAAAAAUGAAGUAUUACAACGAUAGUUUAUACGGAGAACCAUGCAGUGCACCUCACAUCAAAGACCAAUGUUCCGAGAGUGAAGAUAGUAACAGUUACUAUUGCAAUACGGUCACCAAUAUGGUUGAAAACAAGAUGGACAUGGAGAAUAAUGAAUAUGAGAAUAUUGGUUCUAUUAACAUGUGAUUGUGGUCAAGCAUCUGCUGAUAAGGCGUCAAUUUGUAUUUCCUGAUUAUACCUCUGUAUAUCAAACUUCUUUAUUCCAUCGAGAAGAGGAAGGGGAUUCAAACACACCUGAUGUGAUAUCAAAUAAAUGAUGAAAGGUGAAAAUAACGAACAGUGAUCUAUCUCACAACAAGUGGAUAUUGAUAAGACACAUUUAAUUUCUAUAUUUUCAUAUGUUUACUAGUGGUAUGUAGAAAGGGGAAACUGAAAAGGGAUCAUUUUAAAUGAGAACUACCGUAUAUCAGGGUUUUUCCCGCGUGUAUCCAAUUUCCGCUUUGUUCGCGACGAUUUCCGAAUCGGGGAAAAUAAAGUUAGCUUUUAUGAUGAAGUUAUACGGUCGAUCUACGCUGCACAUCUCAAAGUCUGUCUAAAUUCACAACUAUGAAAACAACGGCCUUGAUUUCCCGAUUCUUGAUUUUAUUAAAUAAACAACUCAGGUUUUCUUAAUUAACCUCAUCCGACCCUGUAUUGAUUAUACGUUGAAAGCACCUGAUAUACGGUAUAUUUUGUGUUAGUAAUAUAGAUGUACAAGAUACAGUAAUAAAGUAAUAAGUAUGGAAAAUUUUCAAUUAAAAACUAGAAAUAGAAUAUAUUUCUUAAUAGAAUUUAUAACUUUGUAUUGCAUGAAGGUCUGGUUCUUUUAUUUUGAAUUAUACAUUUUUACAAGUCUUUUUUGUUCAAUUAACAUUUUAACAUUGCCAUUCUAAGCAGAAGAGAGGCAGUGCUGUUUUAAUUUUCUAAUCCAUUAUACUAAAAUAUUAACUGUGCAAUUUAGUUUCAAUGUUUUUUGUUGUUGUGAUGUUUUGCAUCUGAAAUAAUUUUUAUGGAAAUUUAUUGAUCGCUUAUUUGUUAUAUCAUGAAACGUUUCGCUGUAAUUAUGUUGUAAUGUUGAAAU